AUGGAGCAGUAUCGCAAAGUGCAGGAAGGUACGGCAUAUUGUGGGUUUUCUGAUCCAGAUCUAUCGCAUGCAAUUAGCGCUCGGCAAAAAUUGGAAAUACAGCUGCAAGAGAACGACGCAGUGCAAAAGGUUCGAGUAUCAAAUAAUUUUUCUUCGCAGGAGCUGGAGGCGUGUGAAUCCACCGAGAAUGUGUUCAAACUCAAUUGCGGCAUAUUGUUUCCGGUUUUAAUUUGCGAGGCAAAGGAAAAUGUGUCGAAACGCCUCGAAUUCAUCACAGCCGAGGCUAAAAAAAGCGACCAGCAAAUCUGCAAGCUGGAAAAGCGGAGAGACGAGUUGGAGGCGCAAAUGGAAAUGGAAAGGAACGCAAACAAAUAA